AGUUAUGGGUGAUUUCGCAUGAAUUAUAUAAAAACAAACUAACUGCCCAUUUUCGUUAUCACGUACCUCUCGUGGGCCCAUUAGAGAAAAUCUAAGAAAUUCCAAGUUUUUGAGGUAUAAAUACACUAGUAGCUCAUUCCUUCCAUACCAUCAAACAUACUUAAUUCUCUCUCUCUCUCUCUCUCUCAACAAAAAUCAUGGCUGCUUUGCAAAAUAUUUCUUCUCUUCAUCUACUCCUCAUGUUAGCAUUCUUCUCUUUUGGAGGGCUGAAGAAUACGGCAUCAGCGACAGUAUUUACGUUUCUAAACCGCUGUCGUUACACAGUGUGGCCAGGAACAUUAUCAGGAGAUGGUUCUGCUGCACUUGGUAAUGGAGGUUUUUCAUUACCACCAGAUGGAUCAACAACAAUAACAGCACCACCAGGUUGGUCAGGACGGUUUUGGCCACGUACCGGUUGUAACUUCGACGAAGCAGGUAAAGGUGUAUGCAAAACAGGUGAUUGUGGUGGUAGUUUAAAUUGUCAAGGUGGUGGUACACCACCAGUAAGCUUAGCUGAAUUCACUAUUGGAGUUUCUGGUACUUCGAACGAGAAGGAUUUCUACGAUGUCAGUUUGGUGGACGGAUACAAUGUUGGUUUGGGUAUUAAACCUUCUGGUGGUACAGGAAAUUGCGAGUAUGCAGGUUGUGUGACAGAUUUAAAUGGAAGCUGUCCAGCUGAGUUACAAGUGAUUGAUUCAGGUAAUGUUGUUGCGUGUAAAAGUGCCUGUGCAGCAUUUAACGCACCAGAGUUUUGUUGCACCGAAACGCAUUCGACACCUGAUACUUGUGUGCCGACUAGGUAUUCAGAAAUGUUUAAGACUGCCUGUCCUACUGCUUAUAGUUAUGCUUACGAUGAUGCUUCAAGUACAUGUACCUGUGCCGGUGCUGAUUAUUUGAUUACUUUCUGUCCUUCUGCGGCUUAGCUAAUUAAUCGAUGUUGAUCUCAAUUUUGAGAUUUUUUUUU